GUAGAUCUCAGAGGAGCGUGGAUUCUCAUUCAUCUCUCUCUUUGCGCAUGGUGAAUUCCAUUUGUUAGCAUCUGUAGCUUCAGUCCUGCUCUGCCAAAUCUCCCAGGAUGUUGAGUGCCUAAGAUGAGAUCGCCAUGUCUGACGAGACCACGGACAGCUUCUGGGAGGUUGGCAAUUACAAGCGUACAGUAAAGCGAAUCGAGGAUGGUCAUCGGCUCUGCAAUGACAUGAUGAACUGCAUACAGGAGCGUGCCAAAAUAGAGAAGGCCUACGCACAGCAACUUACUGACUGGUCUAAGAGGUGGAGACAGCUGGUAGAGAGAGGGCCACAGUACAACUCUCUGGAGAGAGCCUGGUUAGCUGUGAUGACGGAGGCAGAAAAGGUAAGCGAGCUGCACCUGGAGGUGAAAAACAGCCUGCUGAACGAAGACUUAGAGAAAGUGAAGACCUGGCAGAAAGAGUCCUACCACAAACAGAUGAUGGGCGGCUUCAAGGAGACCAAAGAGGCGGAGGAGGGAUUCAGAAAAGCCCAGAAACCCUGGGCCAAAAAACUCAAAGAGUUGGAAACAGCAAAGAAAACAUACCAUAUGGCCUGCAAGGAAGAGAAAAUAGCAUCUACAAGAGAAGCCAACAGUAAAGCAGAGGCAUCAGUGACAUCUGACCAACAGAAGAAGCUCCAGGAGAAGGUGGACAAAUGCAAAAACGACGUUCAGAAGGCCAAAGAGAAAUACGAGAAGAGCCUGGAUGAGCUGAGUAAGUGCACGCCGCAGUACAUGGAGAACAUGGAGACGGUGUUUGAUCUGUGCCAGCAGUUUGAGGAAAAGAGGUUGAACUUCCUCAGGGAGAUGCUUCUGGAUCUCAAACGACACCUCCACCUCGCCGAGAGCCAAAGCUAUGCCAUGGUUUACAGAGAACUGGAGCACACCAUCAGCUCAGCCAGCGCUCAAGAAGACCUCAAGUGGUUUAGCAAUGCCCACGGAUCUGGCAUGCACAUGAGCUGGCCACGGUUUGAGGAGUUCAAUCCAGAUCUGAGUCACUCCAUCAGUAAGAAAGAGAAACUGAAGAAGAAUCAUGAUGGAGUGACUUUAACUCAAGUCACACACGGUGGAGAUCAGGGCACACUACACACUGGAGACCGGGGCAGCGUGAGCAGUUAUGAGAAGAACCAGCAAUAUUCUGCAGAAUGGUCUGAUGACGAGCAACCACCUGCUGCCCAACCAACCAGCAAAACGAACGGUGCUGCAAAUCGAUUCGAUGAGGAAAGUAAAGGGGUGCGAGUGAGAGCGCUGUACGACUAUGAUGGCCAAGAACAAGAUGAGCUCACCUUUAAAGCAGGAGUUGAACUCACCAAACUGGAAGACGAGGACGAGCAGGGUUGGUGUAAAGGGCGUUUGAAUAAUGGUCAGGUGGGCUUGUACCCGGCUAACUACGUUGAGCCCAUUUAGUUGCCUUCUGCGUUGGACAGCCUUUCGUGAUGGAAGUAGGCCUUAAAGACUUUUUUCCCACACUGCUUGAAUCUGAGAUUUUAGCACAACAUUUUCGUUGCCUGACUGACUUGCUUCAAGCUGUAUUUCCUUAAAUCUACAACAAGAAAUCUACAGUACCCAAAACACAUAAUUUCCCUCUUACCCCAGCAAGGGAACAGUUCUGUACGUCCAUGUAGCCAUGUUCAGUAUGAAUUACUGUGCUUACAAUAGUAAUGUCAUGAGUCAAGACGUCCAUGAAGCGUAGCAUAGCCAAUAUGAGCUAUGCAAUGUGUAUAUUAGACUUUUAUUUUGAAGUGCAAUUUUCAAUGCUAAACCUACUAGUGGCCCUUUUUCCCAAGUAUAGGGCUCUGCAGAACAUUAAUGGGUUUUUUCAAAUCUGUGGGCAUUUUCAAACCGGGAUGGGUGUUUCUAAGCAUUCAUAACAAAUGUUUUUAUGUUAUGCCUCGAUACAAAUGUAAAUGAAAUGCACUAUACCAUUUUAAAAUCAGUUUUAACAAAAUGUAAAGUCUUUUUUCAAGCCUUCUCCCAGGCUUGUAUUUUUUAAUAUCCCUUGUCAUAAAAUCCUAAAGGAAUGUUAAUGGAAUUUCUAUCAUAAUUUGAAAGGGGAUUAAAUAAGAGUCCCUUCAUUUUGACUAAGGAAUUAGUUAUGAUUUUAGGACCAUUGAACUGUGGAUCAAAGUGAUAUCUGGACACAUGUAAAGAUAUUUAAAAGUGUGUUCAAAUGCAUUUGAAUCCUUCUUUGCCUUUUGGUCUGUUAUAAGAUUGGGAAUGUCUUUUAACAUGCAACCCAGAACGGAUUCAAUUUGCAAUGUGCUGACUGUAGUGUGACAGUCAGGUGUUAUGCAUUGUGUCAUUAUGAACUGUUUAUACGGCAUGUUUAGAACAGACUGAUGUGUUCGACUCUUCAUGUCAUUGUAGUAAAUGUUCCAUUCAAGUUCACAAUAAAACAGAUAAAACUGAGACAAGUGUUGGAUGUUGACAAUGCAAAGCUUGGAGUCACCACUAGAGGUCAGCAUUGCAGAAGUCUGUUGCAGGUAGUUGACCACAUGAUGCAGUGACAGAUGGUGUGAUAUGCAAAAAAAUGUCUUUCUCUUUUAGUGAUAUUUUUGCCAUUGUUUGCCUUUAGUAUAAGGAAACUGGUGUGGGAGACAGAUAACUACACACACAAUUUAAUUUUGUUAAAGAUCACUUAAUUCAAUUUAACCCUUGUGCGACCUUCAGAAUAUUUUUGUCUUUUUCAUUUGAGUUUUUUGUAUUAAUGCCAACGGCAUACAUUUUGCCAAAGGUGUGUAUUUGGGGUGGAGUUUUGAUAUUUUAACCUCUAAUACAUAAAAUACAUCUAUAAUAAACUGUGUACAUAAAA